AUGCGGCAGCGGGGCGCGGGAAAGACCGAAGUGCGGCGGCGGCGGCGGCGGCGGCGGCGGCGGCGGCGGGGCGCAGCGAGACCGGGCCACACCCACCGGGGAGCACCGAGGGCAAGCAGGCAAUCGGGGCGGGGAGCCCCGCGGCUCGGCCCCGGACGCGUUACCUCGUGGCAGGGAUCGGAGAGGGCGGGCGGCGGCUCAGGGCCAGGAGGCGUCAGGCGUUGGACACGGGCAGCGGCGGUGGAGGCCGGGUGGACCAAGGCACAGAGGCGGGCGGAGCGGGAGGGAACGGACUGCGCUGCAGCUAACUCGGGUCGGGAAAAUGCGACAGCGACUGCCCACUCGAGGUCGUCAUGGCGACAGCCAGUGAACGUGUUCCUCUCCUCGGGCAGGCCCCCGAGUGUAGAGGAGCUGCUUCGCGAAGCGCAGCUCAAUCUCCAGAGCCUGUUGCAAGAAGAAUAUGAGGAACAGUACUCGGAGGCCAGACUUCUGGGGCAGACCUUCCGCUCUUCUGAUGAGGCCCCUGAGCCCACUCCCAGCCCAAGGCCCCAGUCUGCCAGGCGUCUGGAGUUUGUAUUGAUGCCUGCAAAACGGCAGCUAAGUGAGGAUGAGACUACCACCCAGGGCGUGAGGGCCCCUGAGGCCUCCCUGAGCCUGUCUACAGCCGACAAGCCACCUGCCUGGAAUGGUCCCUUCCCUCUGCCCGUCCUAGAGGAGAAGCGGUGGCCUCAGCCCUGCUCUACACAGUCUGACCUUGUGCCCAUCAACAUCUCUGGGCAGCAGUUUGAUAAACAUGCAAGUUUGCGACACUCCUUGUUUAACACAGAGACAGCCGUGAACCCCAAAUCCACCCUGAGGCGGAGGCGGACCAUUAUUGGAUUCUCUAACUUUUCUCAGCGAGACCAAGGUCACAGCAACAGUCCAGCAGGCUGUGCGGCCCACUUUGCCACCUCAGAGGCCAGGCUCAGCCACUCAGCUUCUCAAGUUGUUCAUGGAAGAGUUGCCGUUGGGCAGGAAGCUCGGUUUCCAAAUCUCACCUCGCCAGGACUGAGAAAUCCUUCUAGUGAGCCCAGAGACACUCACCAGACACGUGGUGGCCCAGACCCUCCCGGCAUGGAGGGCAUAGGGAUGGUGUACAGUGUCCCCAGUUCUUGCAAUGGACCAUCAGAGUCAACGUUCUCCCCUUCCUGGAAGGGAGAUGCUUUUACUUACAUGACUCCAAGUGCCAGCAACCAGAGCAACCAAAUCAAUGAAAAUGGAAAAAAUCCUUCCUCGGGGAAUUCUUGGGUCUCUGUGAACACACUCCCACCUCUGGUUCCUAAGGAGGCGGCUACUCUCUUUGUCACCCGUGAUAACCCAGCAGGAUGCAGUGGGUUAGCCAGCUACUCUGAGCAUCCUACUCAACGAAGGCAAGCACCAGAAAGACCCCCCAAGAUUGGCCUUCUGACUAGUGGUACCUCCAGAUUGGAGACAGGCCCAGGUGGACCCAGCAGAUUCCGGGAGCGGUCACUGUCAGUGCCCACAGACUCAGGUACCACAGCUGUGGACCAUGACGAGGAGCAGAAGGCUAGUGAAGCCUGUGCCCUGCCUUAUGUCAGGACAAGCUCCGAAGGCAGUAACAGUGCUGACAACAUUACGUCUCUCAGUGCUGAGCAGGAAGCACGGCACAGAAGGCAGAGAUCCAAAAGCAUCUCACUCAAGAAGGCCAAAAAGAAGCCUUCCCCACCGAUGCGCAGUGUCUCGCUGGUCAAAGAUGAGCCAGUCCUCUUGCCAGAAGGUGGGUCAGUGCUGCCCAAAGACCAGAGGCCCAGAAGCCUUUGCCUCUCCUUGGAACACCAAGGACAUCACUUAUCCCAUGCAGAUGCUCAGGGUCACCCAGCAGUGCCAACCCUCAAAGAUCCAGAUGGUACACAAUUCUCCCACCACUGGUAUCUUUCUGACUGGAAGUCUGGUGACACCUACCAAUCCUUGUCCAGCUCCAGUACUGCCACUGGCACCACAGUCAUCGAGUGCACUCAAGUUCAAGGCAGCUCAGAGUCUCUGGCCUCCCCUUCCACCUCCAGAGCCACGACGCCUUCUCAGCUCUCCAUUGAGGUGGAGGCCAGGGAGGUAUCCUCCCCAGGAAGGCCCACUGGACUGAUGUCACCCUCCAGUGGAUACUCCAGCCAGUCAGAGACACCUACACCCACAGUCUCCAUGUCAUUGACCCUGGGCCACUUACCCCCUCCAAGUAGCAGUGUCCGGGUACGUCCGGUGGUACCCGAGAGGAAGUCGUCACUGCCCCCAACAUCACCAAUGGAGAAAAUGUCCAAGUCACGGCUGUCAUUUGACCUACCGUUGACCUCCUCAACCAACCUGGAUCUGUCUGGGAUGAGUAUCUCCAUCCGCAGCAAAACCAAGGUGAGCCGCCAUCACUUCGAUACCAAUUUUGGGGCCAAGCUGGCACAGAAAACGAGUCCCAACCAGCCAAUCAUGCCCAUGGUUACUCAAUCUGACCUCCGUUCUGUUCGCCUGAGGUCAGUCAGCAAGUCCGAGCCAGAAGAUGACAUUGAGAGCCCAGACCACCCUGAGGAACCAGGAGCAGAAGAAGUCUUCACCUUGCCAGAGAGAAAGGUGAAACCUCCCAUAGCCGAGAAACCUCCUCUGGCCCGAAGGCCUUCGAGUUUGGUGCAUAAGCCACCAUCUGUCCCUGAGGAGUACCCACUAACUUCACCGACCUUGGCUGUGACCCCCAAGAGCUCCAUUCAACACAUGAGGCCACUCCCCCAAGACAGCUACACAGUGUUGCGGAAACCAAAGUCCUCCAACUUCCCCGAUGGCCGGAGCCCAGGGGAGUCAACAGCACCCUCAUCUCUCAUUUUCACGCCUUUUGCCAGUUCCUCUGGUGCACUCUUCUCAGGAACACAGCAGUCUCCCCAGGCAAGUAUGGAGGAUGAGGGCUCCAAGGUGAGAGCCCUGCCUGAAAGAAUUAGCCUCCAGAGCCAGGAAGAAGCUGAGAAAAAGACAGGCAAGAUUCCACCUCCGGUACCAAAAAAGCCCAGCGUGCUGUACCUGCCUCUCACCUCCCCUGUAGCUCAGAUGGAGGCCUUUGUGGCAGAACCAAGACUGCCUCUUAGCCCCAUCAUCACCCUGGAGGAAGAUGCCAAGUGUCCCCCUGCCAGCGACCACCUGCAAUCACCUGGUAAAAGAAUGACUUCAGCUCCACAGGCUGACAACGAAGAAGAGGCAAACUCUCCGGGGAGUUCUGUGGAACCAGGCACCGAGGAGAAAAGUUUAAUCAGUGAUAAAACAGCCGAAUGGAUUGCGGAGGAGGAUGAUGACGUGUUUGUGGCUUCACGCACAACUGAAGAUUUAUUUACUGUGAUACACAGGUCCAAAAGAAAGCUGCUGGGCUGGAAGGAGCCUGGGGAGAGCUUUGCAGGCAGCAAGCCAAGCUCCCACUCGCCAGUGAAGAACACGGCUGAUUCUCCCAUCAGUGAGUCUGCUGCCCCCACCACAGGGCCAAGUGGCAGUGCCAGCCUAGACGCUGGCAGAAACGAUGAUUUCAAGGCCUUGCUUCAGAAGAAGGGAAGUAAGGCAACUCCCAGGUCCCGCCCCUCGGCAGCUGAGCUGCUGAAGACCACUAACCCGCUGGCUCGCAGAAUCAUCGCACAGUUUUCAAAAGACUAUGAAACCACCGACAACCCCAGUACCUAAACCCUGGCUUCAACCAGCAGGGGUUACUUACUAGACAUGAGUAGAG